UUAUAAGCCAAUUUGUCCAACUCAAAAUAAUUUCUGCUUUAUUCUUGCAUAAAUUUUGUCUAAUUACAAAAUAAUUUUUUUGUUUAUAUGUGUCAAUCUUUUAGAUGUGUUGACUUAACCUAUGCCCAGUUUAACCACCUCCAUUCAUGUUUGCACGAAUUAUUAAUACCCUUACACCUGAAUUUACUUUUCCUUCUUGAAUUUCCUUAGUCACGGUAGAAGCCCAUAUAGAGUUCAGCCAAACCUAGUAACUUUUGCAUAAACUGUAUAUUUGUGUUAAAUUUUAUUUCAUUUAUAUGUGCACAUAUGAAAUUUAAAACCUAGUUAUUAGUACUUGAAGUCGUCGUUCUAAAAUUUAAAACACAUAAAGUUGGAAUUCUGCCUCUGGUAUGUGGUAAAAUCUAGUCCACAUAUUGCAUAGUUUCAAAAAAAAUGAUACUGGAGAAUGGUCAUCCACGCUCAUUUGUGUAGAUAAGUCAAACUCAAGAGUUGGAAAAUCUUGGCCAUUAUAUAGUUCUAGUGAUUUCUGAUUUAGCAUCUAACUAAAGAACACAAUUGAUUCAAGUGUAAAUCUCUCAAUAAGAGUUUUAGAAAUGUCUAUCUUUACAUCUCUCUUAUUUCUCUUAGUAUUUUGUCCAUUGCUAAGUUUUGGACACAGACUAAAGGGAUGUGAGGAUUCUUGGUGCAGGAAUGAUGGUCCCAACGUUCAUUUUCCAUUCAGGCUCGGUCAUCAACCAAAACAUUGUGGCUAUCCUGGCUUUGAACUACAGUGUAACAAUCAAAAAGACACCAUCCUUGAGUUCCCCUCGUCUGUUCGCUUAGUUGUUGAAGAAAUUGAUUAUGCCUCACAGCAAAUUCACCUUUAUGAUCCUGACAAGUGCAUAGCAGUCAAGCUACCACAACUGAAUUUGUCACAAUCUAAUUUCAGAAAUGUCAAAGAUCCCGCGGUCCUAUUCAACUGUUCUACACCAUUCAAAGGUCUUUAUAAUUAUUACUCGGUUCCAUGUCUUGAUUCUUCUGGUUACGAAGUAUAUGCUGUCUCUUCAACUACAGGCCUCGACUCCUUCUUAUCUGGAACUUGCACAAAAAUUCAUCAGUACCCAUACUCAUUCUCAACAUUUGUUCAGAACAAGCUGCAGCUGAAUUGGCUUAUACCACUUUGUGGAAACUGUGAAUCCAAAGGAAUGGAUUGUGGUUUCAAGGAUGGAACAAAGCUGCUAGAAACUCAUUGUUUCAAUCGAACUAUAACUACUUCUAAGAAGCCCUUGAUUGCAGGUGUAAUUUUAGGUACAGCUCUUGUUUGCAUUAUUGUUUUCUCAAUUUAUCAGCUAUAUUUGACAAGUAAAAAUGAUAGAGAGAGUCGAGUUAGACUUGAAAAGUUUUUGGAAGACUACAAGGCCAUCAGACCAACAAGAUAUUCUUAUGCUGACAUUAAGAAGAUAACAGAUGAUUUUAAAGAAAAGUUAGGAGAAGGAAGUUAUGGAACUGUUUAUAAAGGCAGACUUUCCAGUGAGAUCUUUGUUGCGGUAAAAGUUCUACGCGAUUCCAAGGGUAAAGGGGAAGAAUUUGUCAAUGAAAUCGGAACAAUUGGGAGAAUUCACCAUGUCAACGUAGUCCGCUUGGUUGGUUUUUGCGCUGAUGGAUUCAGACGAGCUCUGAUCUAUGAAUACCUACAAAAUGAUUCACUUGAAAGGUUCAUUUUACUGGUGAGCUCAAGCCCGGAUAGUGUCUCAGUAAUCAGCUGGAACAAGCUUCAACAUAUUGCUCUUGGUACUGCAAGAGGGAUUGAGUAUCUUCACCAGGGAUGUGAUCAGCAAAUCCUCCAUUUCGAUAUCAAACCACAAAACAUUCUUUUAGACCACAACUUGAAUCCAAAAAUAUGCGAUUUUGGCCUAGCCAAACUGUGUUCUAAAGAGAAAAGUGCAGUCACUAUGACAGCUGCUAGGGGAACCAUUGGCUACAUUGCACCAGAAGUGUUGUCAAGAAACUUUGGUAAAGUUUCUCAUAAGUCUGAUAUUUAUAGCUUUGGAAUGCUCUUGUUAGAAAUGGUUGGUGGGAGGAUAAAGAUGAAUUCUAAGACGAAAAAUCACAGCAAACUGAAUUCUUUGGAAUGGAUUUACACACAUUUGGAGAAAGGCGAAGAAUUAAAGAUCCGGAUAGAGGAAGAAGGCGAUAAUACGAUUGUGAGAAAGUUAGCUAUUGUUGGACUUUGGUGCAUUCAGUGGCAUCCCAUUGAUCGGCCUUCAAUAAAAGAAGUUGCUCAGAUGCUGGAAGGAGAUGGGAGCCAUCUCAACUUGUCCCCAAGUCCUUUCAUGGCUACUAAUACGCCUAAGUUCGAUGCAAGUCCUCAGAGUGAAGAUCUAGACGUGAUAUUAGAAAUUGAAUAACAGCUUAAAACCAUUGUACAAUGAAAACGGAAUCGUGUAAGAAUUACAAGUGUUUUCUUUCAUAUUAGUGAUUACAAGCGGAAUGAUAAAUACUUAAAGAUUUAUAUCUCAAUUUGUGUGUUAGAUUCUUGCA